UAGCUUCCUUAAUGUUGAAUAAUAUAGAUUCCCAUAUGACGGUUCAUAGCCUCAGUUGUCAGACAUCUCUUGGUCUUUUGACAAUGUUUGUUUUUAAAUGCUCCCGAAGUUUGUAAUGUUUAAACUUGUACUCCAGUCUUUGCCAGUGAGUAAUGUUUCGUGUGAAGGUAGAUUGCUAGGAGCUGUAGUGACCUUGGGACAGUUUGCUGAGGGCAGAACAUAAUUCCUGAAGGGACACGUGGUCUAGAGUGACAAGACCAUCUGCUGUUGCGCCAGCAGUAGGAGGAAGGUGGAGGGGGUUAGAAGCAGGGGUGCUGAGAAUUCCUUUCGCUGGGGUGUGGAAGGAGUAGAUAUUCUGGUAUAUCACUGCUAGCACUCAGCUGGGAUACAUGUUUUCUUUUCCAUUUUUCAAACAGAAAUCAAAAAGAGAAUUUUUGAUCUGUUGAUGGUGAAACAGGAUCAUCACAUGGUUGAACAGGGAUGAUAUUUUCUUGGUCCUCCAGCGCUCCAUAAAGCAUUUGGUGAAAAUGAUUUUGGUGCGUCGCCGCUCUACUUCGGUAGAUCCAGUUUCCUCUCCGUCUCAGCACAGCCGGAGCUGAUAGAGUGGGAUCUGGUAGGCCUUCUGGCACCAACCUCUGACAGGAUCAUCUUCAAGGGAUCUUUGGAGUUGUACUGUGCAUGGCAAGGAUCUAUUUUCUUGCUGCCUCACUGAAACUGCAUGUCCUAAACGAAUGAAUAUUUUUAUGAGGCACCUUGCACCAGAGAUGGGCCAGGACCAAACCAAGCAGCAGAUAGAGAAAGGCCUGAGGUUGUAUCAGUCCAAUCAGACAGACAGAGCUCUGCAUGUGUGGACAAAAGUACUGGAAAAGACCUCAGAUCCUGGAGGGAAGUUUCGGGUGCUGGGAUGCUUGAUCACAGCUCACUCAGAAAUGGGAAAGUACAAAGAUAUGCUCAAGUAUGCCCUCGAUCAGAUUGACACAGCCAGAGAAAUGGAGGACCCAGACUACCUGACCGAGGGCUACCUGAACUUAGCGCGCAGCAAUGAGAAAUUGUGUGACUUCCAGAAAACAGUCUCCUACUGCAAGACCUGCUUAAACAUGCAGGGUACCACUGUAAGCCUGCAGCUCAACGGCCAGGUAUGUCUUAGCAUGGGCAAUGCCUACCUGGGCCUCAGCGUCUUCCAGAAAGCUCUGGCAAGCUACGAGAAGGCUCUACGCUACGCACACAACAAUGAUGACAAGAUGCUGGAGUGCAGAGUCUGCUGCAGUCUGGGAAAUAUCUAUGUUCAGCUUAAGGACUAUGAGAAAGCCUUGUUCUUUCCCUGCAAAGCAGCUGAGCUUGUCAAUGACUACGGCAAAAGUUGGAGCCUUAAAUAUCGAGCCAUGAGCCAGUACCACAUGUCAGUGGCCUACAGGAAACUAGAGCGCCUUCCUGACUCCAUGGAGUGCUGUGAGGAAUCAAUGAAGAUUGCUCUGCAGCAUGGCGACCGGCCUCUGCAGGCUCUGUGCUUACUAAACUUUGCAGACAUACAUCGCUGCAGGCAUGACGUUGAUAAAGCAUUCCCACGUUAUGAGUCUGCAUUGGGUAUAAUGACUGAGAUUGGAAACCGUCUUGGACAAGCACAUGUCUAUCUGGGAGUUGCAAAGUGUUGGCUUCUGCAGAAAGAAUUUGACAAGGCUCUUGAUUCUUUACAGCGAGCACAGGAAUUGGCAGAAGGAAUGGGAAACAAGCUGUGCACACUGAAAGUUCACUGCCUGAGUGAGGGGAUCUACCGAAGCCGUGAGCAGCAGGACGAGCUCAGGGAGCAGGUGGUAAAGUUUCUGCAGUGUGUCGAGGAGUUGGAGCUCUACUGCGGCAUGUGUGGAGAAUCCAUCGGGGACAGGGACCAAAAGCUGCAGGCAUUACCCUGUUCCCACAUUUUCCAUCUCAAGUGUCUGCAGACAAACGGCACAAAGGGUUGUCCCAAGUGUUUCAAGUCCUCAGUGAAGCCUGGCUUUGUCUGAUUGCAAGACUGUGUUUGGGAGUUGGAUCUGCAGACACAGCAUGAUGCCUCACAGGCUCCUGACUGAUCUGAGAGAAGCAGGCAGCCUCAGGAUGUGCUGAAGAUGUUGAAGGAGCAACACUUCACUGCUCUGCACAGAGGAUGCUUAACUAAACCCAGAAUGUCCCAGAGUGUGGCUCAGAGGACUUGGAACGAGGCAUCCAUCUCAUUUAGACAUCAGUCUGACACCGACAGAGGAGAUGUGAUAUUACUAACAGUGUUAAAUUUCAAGAUAAACUUAAGAACCUACACUGUUCUAAUGACUGACCAUCUGUUGCAGCAUUAACGUAGGAUAUGGACCGUCAAAAACAACAUUUAUAAAUUAGUGUGUUGGAUAUUUUAUGUAUAUGUGUUGUUUAUUAAAAAUGAAACAAUUAGUGGUAUCUCAGUAAUCUUGGUCACCUUCCUUGUUAACAGUUGAACCCUUCCUGAAUUCAGCCGAGUUCUUACAUAUUUAUUCUUGUAUUCAUGUACAUACUAGUCGCAUAUUAAUUUCUUUUAAAAGUUUGAUUUAUUUGAGAUGUUUUGUAAAACUAAAAUCUCUUAACCAUUCAAAAACUAGUAUGUCUUUACAAAUCAGGUACAUGCAGCUGUUUUUUUCCUUAUUCGCAGAGAUUAAGGAGCAGGAUCAACACACAUUGUGUUCACAGAAAUUCCUUUUCAUGUCAAUUCUUGGAUUACGUCACCUUUUACUCUGAUAUCAGCAAAAUGUUGUUGAAUUUAAGAACAAAUGUUACAGAGAAGGACAAUUAUUGGAAAGGAUCUUUGACCAAUUAUACAGUUACACAACGUUUUAGGUGAGAUGCAUACACUCACUGUGUUUUAAUGCAGAAUAUAUGUUUUAUAUUUUACCUGUAAAAGCAGAGAUUUCAGGGUGACUUUGAGGAAGGAAGCUAAAAACAAAUCAGAGCUAUUGUAUCAGUGAGUGGCUGCAUGUUUAAUGAAAAAUGGCAGACAUCAGUAUAAAAUUAGAAUAAUAUAUGAACCCACGUAACUGCCUAUUUAUUUAUUUCAGCUCUUUAUUAUGUUACUUCUUAACAGUCGCUGAGUUUUACCAUUUAUAUUCCAUAUAAACUGUUUAUUUCUAAUUUCAUUGUGCUUUAAAAUGGAAAAUCAUCUUAGAUCGCACAACUAUUUUUAUUUUACAGUAGAUUUUCCUCAAAGUCUGAAAGCUCCAUUUACAAUAGUUGUUUGGGAGACUGCUUGCAGUUUAAUAAUCUACUCUGACAUUGAUAGCAGAUGCUAAUAUAUUUAAUUACACAGUGAAAACAGGAUACACUCCUGUGGCUUCACCAGCAAAUUAAGUCUUUUAUCAGUUAAAUUCAGAGUGAAACAAAAUUGUAACAUUUUUAAUUAAUUUUUGCUUUUUUUGUGCAAAUAGAAUCUGAAUAAAGGAAGGAGUCAACAACAUAACUGCUUCGACUGCACAGGCACAACUUCUCAUUUUAAGAAACUUGACCUCAUUUCUGAUGUCUCUUCAUCCAAAAUAAUGAUGAUUCACUGUGUGUUUACCUGCGUUGACAUUGAUAUUAUUUACAGUUCAUUCUCGGUUCUGGGGUAUAAAAAGAAUUGUACUGACAGCAUCUUUAACAGUUGAAACUACCUCUGUUUUUGCCUCCAAACUUUGGGGAGAAAUACAGUAAUACCACAAGGUCUAAAGACAUGUAGAUUGUUAUGAUUUUAUUAUUAUAAUUUUUUUUUCUAGACAUGAUUUAUUUGAUUUAGAGUCUGACUGAAAUGCAUUAUUUCUUUAUUUAUUUAUGCAUUUAGUCAUACUAUGUUAUUGUGUCUAAAAUGAAAACAUUUCAUUAUGGAAAAUAAA